AGAAGUUUGGGUCAGCUGUAAAAACAGUAUCCUCUAAUAAAUAACAUGGAUAACUCCGGCAAAGAGAAGGAAGCCUUGGCUCUUCUCGCCGAUGCUGAGAAGAAAAUAAAAUCUUCGACGUCGUUCUUCGGGACGCUAUUUGGCGGCUCCUCAAAGUUGGAGGAGGCAUGCGACAUGUACGCACGGGCAGCAAACAUGUUCAAGAUGGCCAAGAACUGGAGUGCGGCGGGCAACGCUUUCUCUCAGGCCGCGGGACUUCACCUGCAGAUGCAGAGCAAACACGACGCCGCUACCAACUUCAUAGACGCCGGAAACGCUUUCAAGAAGGCCGAUCCGCAAGAGGCUAUUAACUGUCUGAACCGGGCCAUUGAGAUUUACACCGACAUGGGUCGUUUCACCAUCGCGGCCAAGCACCACAUCUCCAUCGCCGAGAUCUACGAGACGGAGCUGGUGGACAUCGACAAGGCCAUCGCUCACUACGAACAGGCAGCCGAUUACUACAAAGGAGAGGAGUCGACAAGCUCCGCCAACAAGUGCCUCCUGAAGGUGGCGACCUACGCCGCCCAGCUGGAGCAGUACCAGAAGGCCAUCGAGAUCUACGAGCAGGUGGGGACCUACGCCAUGGACAGCACCCUGCUGAAGUACAGCGCUAAGGACCACUUCUUCAAGGCGGCCCUCUGUCACUUCUGCGUGGACAUGCUCAACGCCAAGCUGGCUGUGCAGAAAUAUGAGGAAAUGUUCCCAGCCUUCUCAGAUUCACGAGAAUGCAAACUGGUGAAGAAACUGCUUGACGCCUAUGAAGAACAGAACGUUGACGCGUAUACUGACUCGGUGAAAGAGUUUGACUCCAUCUCCAGGCUGGACCAGUGGCUCACCACCAUGCUGCUCCGCAUCAAGAAGACCAUACAGGAGGACGAGAGCGACCUCCGCUAGCCCCGCCCCUCCCCGAUUUCCGUCUCGUCCCUUCCCGAGAUUCCCUCUGAUGCUCCUUUCACCCCCCUCUGCUCCUCCCGCUCUCCUGUCUUCCUCAUCGCAACACGGCUGUAACCUUUCCCGUGUGAUGUUUCUUUUCUCUCUCCUUUUCCUUCUUCUUCUUCUUCUUUUUUUUUUUAUCUCUCCUUAGCUUUCGUUCUGCUUUUGCUUGGGUUUGCCUUUCAUUUUUACUCUUUCCAAGAACCCGUCUUUUCCCUCCCACGCCUCACCGGGUGUGUGUUAUGGACAGUUCGGCAACAAUGGUCUUUGCGUAGACAUUAAAAAAAAACACUAGAGAACAUGGGGGAGGGAGGAAAUGACGGAGAGAGAGAGAGAAAAAGGAGUGCCGGUGACAACUAGUCAGAGACCAGGACUGCUUUCUUCCGGAACGGUGCAUGAAGCCUGAAUGACCGCUUCUGCCAUUUCAGGUCAACUAUGUGUCACUCUGUGUUCCCCCCCACCCCCCAUGUAUAAUUUUCGAUUGCAGUUUCCUGACCAUCAUUUUUCAGCAUAAUACACCUGUGAUCUUAAAUCUGAACAGUUUCAGAUACCGUCAUGUUUGAAAUUUGUUCAAAACGUUCUGUCGGAAAAAAAAGUGAAUAAAUAUAUAUAUUCCAAGAUUUUUAAAAUUAAUUUUAAAUAACAUAUAUUUGUCAGGUUGAUUUUGAAAGUGUAAUUGUCCAACCCGUGAAAAAAAAAUGGCUCAGUAUGGUUUCUAAUGUGUCUAAUUUGGGGCAUGGAUAUAAUUAGUGUGAAGGGAGAUUAGGAAUAUGACAACACACAUAAAAAAAGAAGCUUUUUCAGUGGUGUGUCUUGAAAUGUAAUGGGUAAAUUUCAGGGUGAAGGGUCAGUAGUCAGGCUCAUUUGUGGAUAUCGGCUACAAACUUUUUUUUUUUAACGUUCGCCCAGUUCUUGCGUGCUAUCCUGCCCUGAUUGAGGGAAUGAACGUGAUGGACCGCAUUAUUCGGUUGGAUGAGAGUUUCACGGAGGAGCAGUUUUUCAGGUUUUAAUAUGGCACACACCUUAAAACUGGGAUAUGAAAGUUCACCGCGUGGGUUUAGGAUUUGAGUGCACAGCCCUUUCCUUUUUGUUCUUCUGUUUUGAGGUUACAGUGGCAGUGUCAGUUCCACCUCUGUCGUACAAAAUCAUCCUUGCUAACAAAACGUUUUUAUUUAAUGCAUCCUUCAGACUUCUGUUCCGCUUUCUGUUUACUCAAAAUAUGAUUGGUUUGAAUAAAGUGGUUUUUUUUUUUUUUUUUGUUACUUUAUUGUGGCAACCCCUGGAGGACAAAGCUUAAAUUCAUCUAUUUAUUUUCACGAUAUUUUUUCACAUGUAUUCAUUUAGUGACCAUACGUAGAUAUUGACACGCGGAUUUUGAAAAUGAUAUUGAGUCUCUUCAUCAGAACUUCCUUCUUUAAAUGUAAUUUCUUUAAGUUCAGUAAAGAUUUAGCCUAUUUCAAGUGUGUAUCCAUUGGAAACUCUUCUGUUUCAUUUAGUUUACUCCUAAAGUUAUUCUGUGUCUUUUUGAACGCUUAUGGGCAUCACUAUGGCAAGCCAUUUUAGCUUUAAUUCAUUUCUAGAGGAUAUCACAAAUACAAUUCUAACUAGUUAAAAAUGCCAAUUCUUGAUAUCAGAAAUUCAAUUGUAACUGGCUAUAAUUCAAGCGUUUUCCCCAUUCAUUUCAAUGGGACCUUUCAUUUUUGAUAUCGAGAAUUAAAUUUUAACUAGUUAAAAUAGGAAUUCUUGGUAUCAAGAAUUGUAUUUUAACUAGUUAAAAUUGGACGUUCUAAUUAAAAUUAGUUAAAAUUCAAUUCCUGAUAUCGAGAAUUCAAAUUUAAACUAGUUAAAAUUGAAUUCAUGAUAUCAGAAAUACAUAUUUUAACUAGUUGAAAUUAUAUUGUUGAUAUCAGUAAUUGAUUUUAUGAUAUUUGAAAUUGGCAUUUUAACUAGGUCAAAUUCCAACUCCCAUUGAAAUGAAUGAGAAAAACAUUUUCAAUCUGACUAGUUAAAAUAGAAUUUCCAAUAUCAAGAAUUGGCAUUUUAACUAGUUAAAAUGUAAUUUCCGAGAUCAGAUAUACACAUUAUAACUAGUUACAAUUGAAUUUCUGAUAUCAAGAAUUUUCAUUUCUAAUUGGUUAGAAUUGUAUUUGUGAUAUCCUCUAGAAAUGAAUUAAAGCUAAAAUGGCUUGCCAUAAAGCACAUCACCAUUCGUUUGACGGAAUGGGCCUGUUCGGACUGCGCCAGGCACCCUGUGCAAGUUGGCAUAGAAUGAGGAAAGCGAAGACAAAAUACCGCUUCAGUUGAAGUCAUUUUGCCAUACUUGAACAUGAACUCAUGCGGGCACAAAAAUAAUUUUGCGAGAUUCUGAAUGACUAGGAAAUGGGAAGGUGGUGGGGGGGGGGGGGGGUAUUGGAGAGAGGCGUAUUAGGAAAAGUACCGCUGCCACUGGUAUUAACAGCGAACGGGUCUGCUCGCUUGUGAAAUAAACCAAAACUCAAUUUGUAUGUACAGAAUCUUAGAACUGCAUUUUGUUCUUUGAAACAAACUAGCAUAUAUUAAACACUUGUAAGACUA